UAGUCGAGUGCGAUCGAGGAAUAAGCCCGAUUUGGUCGCGUGUUGGCCACGAAAUAGGUCAACAGAAGAGCAAGUCCCACGGCCACGCCCACAAGAUGACAGCCAAGCAGCAGGGGGAUUGGCAGGCGGGAUCAAAGGAGGACGAGGAGCGGACGACAUCAAUGUCGCAGGCAGCAGCUAAUAAUAAUCAUAAUUCGCAGCGGCUUGUUGAUGGCAUCGUAAAUCAGGGGACUGAGUCAGCCGUGUUAUGUUGGUCAAAAGCGGCGCCGGAAGUGCUCGGAAUGGCAGGGCAAUUUCCGGUUGGCCAAGGAAUCACUUGGCGAGGCAACUUCCCCAUGAUUCACUCGCUGCAGCAUCAACUUGUUUGCAGGAACAAGCGAAUAUAUCAGUCAUAUAAUCAACCUAUGCAGUCAGGAACAUUUCCAAUGCACUUAAAUUUAAGUUUAAAUGGAGGGUUUCCUUUGCAUAUCUGGGAUACAAUCACUAUUGACCGCGAAGAACUAGAUAACCAUACAAUUUUAACUGAAACACAGCUAUUUACACCACAUCAAGUAUACGCCCCAUACACUACAAGCUUCCCCCUUCAACAAGUAUACGCCCCAUGGCACCAAAAUUUUCCUAAACUGCUGCAAUUGCCGCGAAAGAAUUCCGACGGCGCCUUCCCAGACAUGAGCACCACCAUGACCCGGCGCGGGCAGGUGGCCCGAUCACCCGCCGAGCCGGCUUCCCAGGAAUUUCCCAUAAUUAAAAAACGAUUUGUUAGCUUUCCCAAUUAUCGAGCAAUGCCUCAAGAUGGGCCGGAAUAUCCACCCACCGCUGCCGCCACAACAACAAUGACGCAGCCGGGCCUCGACAAAGUCACCGAAAUAGACGGCGGAGGAGGUGUACAUAAGGUGCUAGCGAUGUUUGAUAAUGAACUCGAGGCCGAGGAGCGUUCGGCGGCAGCAGAGGCAGAGGCAAAAGCAUUAAACUUGAACGUGGCAAGGGAAAUCGAGCAUCAACAGGCGGAAAAUCUUAAUGACGCCGUCGGCAAGCAGCGACACGACCACAAAAACGACGACGCCAUGGAUGGGGCCAAAAAUAAACGCGAAAUAUGCGAGCAAAGCAAAUUAGAGAAGGCCGAAGAUCAUAAUGAGCCAAAUAUGAGAGAUCGCGAGCAGCAGUCAAUAUGCUUGGCCAGGGAGCAGACAAUAGAUGGGAAUGGGAAUAGGCAUCAGCAUCAGCACCAGAAUCGAAAUCGGAAUAGCAACCACCAGCAGUCCGGCGAUCUCUCAGACGCCCGCGAAUCGUCGCCAGAGCAAGUGGACGUAAAUCUCGGUCGGCUACUGACCCGCGAGCGGAAUCCGAAUCCGAGUCCGAAUCGAACCCUGCCAAAUAUAGAAUUACUGAAGAGUUCCGUGCGCGCCUUCCUCGCCAAAAGUUCGUCGCCGUCACCACGUUUGCAGCCCAACUGGGAUUGGGACUGGGAGCUGCUCGACCUUUUGACCGACGCCAUUGAACUGAUCUGUGGACAACAGGAGACGGGUAACCUUUGGAGCGAGGCGGCCGUCGGAGCGGACAUGACCGUGAGCAAAGUCAGCGAGGAGCGGGAGACAGAAUCGGUAGACGUUUAUCCCGAGCAACCCGAUCAGCCGGCGGAACUAGAUGAUAACAACAAUACUGGCAGCAUUGAACCACCACCCAGCGACAUGAAGUACGAGCUGAAGACUGCCAGCCCAGCACUGCCCAGCAGGAGUAGGAGUCCUCGAACGGAGUCGCCAGUUAGUAGAAUAAGUGCCACAGGUCGUAUACGUAAUGUGGAGGCGAGUGUACCCACAACCACAACACGUGCUCCUCUGCUGGGGGAUAUAAGGCUCAACUCCACCAGUCGCGAUACCAUCUCCUCCAUCGAUGCGGAUUCAGUGCUGCCCGAAAGGACGCGUCUACGUCGUCAGCGACGCGUUCGCUCGCAGGAUUCCGUGGAGGAGAAGCCCGAGGAUGUGAUCGAACGACUGAACAAACUCAAGGCCCGGAUUUCCGGAGCACUUAGCGAGGUAAAGGGUGUGCUCAAGCAGUACAGCACGGAGAGCGAGGCGGAAUCGGCGGCAGAGCAGUCACAGGUGGCACCAGAUGGAGUGGGUGAACCUGCUCCCGUUUCCUUUCGCUUUGUAAAGAAAGUGCGACGCCGCAGCUACUUCGAUGAGGCCGAAGAGGAAAAGGAGCAAGCUAAAGAGGGUCAGGAAAAUGCUGCUAUGGUCAAUGAUAUUCAAGAAACCAAAGAAACUAUAAAGGAGGAUGUGGCACAUAAAACUAGUACAGAUACUAAGGUUCAAAGAGAGCAGACACCCUUUGCUAGAGAAAAAUCAGAAGUUCCUGAAAAUCAGGAAAGCCAAGUCAAUGAAAAGCAGGCAUGCAGUGAAAACCAAGAACCAAAAAAUAAUGAAGAGCUUAAGCCAACUGUGCUUAAAAGUGAGGGGACUAAAGUCAAUGAAAAAUUGGAGGACACUGAAAAAAAAGAUACAAAAGUUAUUGGAAAUCAAGAUACAAAGACCCUUACAAAUCAGGAUAAUCUGGAUGGUGCUAAACAGGAAAAAGAGGAAUUUACAGCGGUUAAACAAACAGAAACUGAGAAUCAAGAUAAGAAAAUCAUGAAUCAUGAUAUUAAAACCCAUCUUAAGGAGCACAAGGAUAUACAAAUCCAAGAAGUUUCGUCAGAGCCACCAAAAAUAAAUGGUGAACUACCAAAGACAACAGAACAAUUCAAACAACCUGCGAAAAACAAGACCCAGGCCAAAAUUGAGUUCCUGGCCAAGGUUCAGAGUGAACUCAAGUCUAAAUCCGCCAAAGGUGCAACUCCCCAGGAUGAGACUUCUAGGGAUAAAAGUCCUAGGAAAGAAACUGGAAAGGUAUUAACGCCCCAAGAGAACACUACCAAUGAAACAAUGUCCAAGGACACUACUCCCAAAGAAGCAACUCCCAAGGAAACUACUCCUGAAGAAGCAACUCCCAAGGAAGCAGCUCACAAGGAAGAAACUCCAAUGGAAAUAACUUCCAAAACAGAAACUCAAAAGGAGUCAACCCCCAACGAACCUACAAAAGUAACCACAAGUAAACAUGAAGCGGAAACCAAACAAUCUGUGGCCCUUAAUUCAGAAGUGGCCGUGCCAGAUGAGUCAGCCGCAUCGCAACCACCGUCCAAGAUCAAGAAGAAAGUCAUCGUGAAGGUGAAGAACCCCAGACGUGCCUCGAUCGCCGCCGUGGAACCAUCCAAGAUCAAGGUGGAGCCGGCCGUCGAGCAGAGCGAUGCUCUCAUCACUCAGCGGCGACCCUCCGACUCGGAGGCGAUCGUCAAGCGCAAGAAGAAGCUGAAAUUAAUCGGCGACACAGCAGCUAUAUCCGCAUCCACAUCCACAUCCCCAUCCCCAAGAGCGACAUCAUCGACAACAAAAGCUGCCGACCAUCAGAGGGAGACGACUUCGAUAGCCGAGGAGACGGCGGCCAGUGAACAAUUGGCUACGCCAGAGGUCACAGCGGUGCCAGCCAAGUUGCCCAGUGCCAAAAGCGACCAAGGAGAAGCGACAGCAGCAGCAGAAACUGCAGCAGCAACAGAGGCGACAAGUGCAACAUCAGCAAUCGAUUCUGAUCCGGCGAUUGGCAAUCUAGCGCCAGCAGGCGAUCGAAUCAGACGCGCCAGCCUGAAACUAGCGGAGUUGGUGGGUGAAACGGUGCUGGUGGUGCCGGCAGCAACCCCAGGCCCAAAAGAACCAUUGCCCGAGUCCAAAGAACCCAUCAAUCAGGGGACGAAGGUGCUAGCGACGCCUCAACAGGUGGCCAUCGCCGCUGACAUUGCGCCACAAAUAGCAGCGACAUUGAGGCACGAAGAGUCAUCGCCAGAGCAGCAGGCGCAGUCGCAUUCGCCAGUAGAAGCUACAAAAGCCGGAGAACAGGCGCCUCCCGGCGACAGUCUAGCCACCAUGCCGGAGCUGAAAGUACUAGCGGGUCCGGUGCAGCCCGUCAAAAUCGAGACGGUCGAGCAGCCCCUUGAUGGAGCGAAAAAUCAAGAGCCCCUGGUCAAGAAGAAGGCUCCGCACCUCAAGAAGCUGGUGCGCAAGAAUUCCAUAGAAAAGGAGCAGGAGAAGACGGACUCCAGCAAACUGAGCAACAUUCUGCGCGACAGGAACAAGAUCAAUGAGCUUUCCUCUAGGAUCAACAAGCUCACUCCGCCCAAGAAGCAGGUUAAACCCAAAGAGGAGGAAAAAAAGGCACCAGUUGCCGAGCAGAAAGAUGAGAAGCCUGAGGAAGAAGUCGUUCCUUUGGAAGAAACCCCAGCCGAAAACCAAGUUCAUGAAGAGACCGAAGUGGAACCUGAAGUCGAACCUGCGCUGGAGCCCAAGAAACCCCGCAAGAUCAAAAAGAAGGUCAUCAUCAAGCGGCAGAAACGACGCCUCUCCGUCGGCGACACAUUCUUCCUGCAGCCGGAGCCCGAGGAGCCCACAAUUCCGGAGGUGGAAACCAUUGAACGGGCCAUUGCCUACGUGACGGAUGACGAGGAGGAUACCAAGGCGCCCGAGGAGGAGCCAGAGCCCAUCAAAGCCCUCAAAUCCUGCCUGCAUGUAAGGGAAUACAAGAUCGGAGACUUGGUGCUCUAUGCGGAACGCUAUCGCAAGACACAAGUGAAAUGGAAACGCGGUCGAGUGCUCGAGCGGAUCACCAGCAUUUCGUACAAGCUGGAAAUCGAGGGAAAGGAGGUUCCCGCCCAUGUCAGCUAUAUAAAGAAAUACACUGGGCGCAAAGUGCGAUUCGGAGGCAAGGAGUACCUCGAGAUCGAUUAUGAACAGGUGGCCGAGGAGGAGCGCCGAGCGGCCAGCUACAGCAUAUGGAACAUGGUGUAGACGCCAGAGAUUAUCCCACCAUAUCCCCCAGUGGUGUCCAGUGUCCAGCCAUUUUUGAGUGGAAUUAAAAAAUUGUUCGCCAUGCGAGGUAAUUUUUUAAGGAUCUCAACUCGACAUUCAGUUAUGUUAUAGUGAUUCGUCCUAGUCAGUGUACAUAGAGUAGCUAGCUUAGUGUUAUCCUAGUGUUUAGUGUAACUUAUUCCAGGCCUUUCGUUUACAUCUUAAGUACUCUGUAUGUGUAAUUAUAAACAAGCUAUUUAAUGUUAAAUAAAGCGGAAAAUAUUUCAGUUA